AUGUUUGUCAACAUCCACAAAGAUGACACUUGGACCGUUUGCUCAGGUGUUGUCGAUGGUGCGGAAGGCCUAUCAGCUACGUCAGCUGUGACUCUGGAAAGAAUUGUCCAACAUGAGUUUGUUGGUGAUACGAAAGAUGGGGGACUGGCUAUCUGCUUAGCCGAAGCAGACGGUUGUUCAGUACCUCUUUAUUUGCAGAGACCGGACGGAGCUCUUGCUACGGAAUUGACCCGAGAUGUUUCAACACGAAGCGACCACAAUAGCUCUCCUAUCAGAAAAGGUGAAGUGGACGAGGUUGCCAUGAUGUCUGAAGAUUUAGGCGAUGUUUACGCACGUUGUCAUUGUGGAGGGGUUAACUUCCGCAUCACCCGGCCCAAUAUCCUCUCAAGGACAUGCUCUUCACCGUGGCCAGACUUGCUUGUCCCGGAUCAUUCUCCUAUCUCGCGAAAUCGGGAAGACGUCAAGUGGUGGUUACGUGCAAACGAUUCCAAAUACUUGGCAGGCACUUGUGCAUGCAGGUCUUGCAGAUUAGCCUCCGGGUCGCCAAUUCAAGCCUGGGCUUUUAUCCCAAGAGCCAACAUUUUUCAGCUUGAUGGAAGCCCGCCGGACCUCUCUAUGGACACUCUGAAACGGAUUGAAAGUUCUAAGGGCUGUUUUCGUGACUUUUGCUCCCGUUGUGGUGCUACGGUCUUCUGGAACUGCCUCGAAAGGCCGGAUCUGGUCGAUGUGAGUGUAGGGCUCUUGCGAGCCCCCGAGGGCGCGAGGGUAACGUCUUUGCUGGACUGGUGGACCGAGAGGGUUAGCUUUAAGGAGAAGGCAUUUGAUACGAUGCUCAUUGAGAGGUUGGAGAAAGGGCUGCAAUUCAUCAGACUGGCGGAUAACAGGACAUUUGAAGGUGAUGAAGGUAAAUUUGAAGACCCUGAGUGA